AUGACAAUCUUGCAAACUAAGCCUACUAUUGCGGAUAUUAAGGCAUCCGUUGAUGCGGCCUUAGAGUCGUUACAGACAACCUUGAGAGAACUAAACCGAGAGAUCUGGUCCAAUCCGGAAACGGCAUACCAAGAAUUCAAAGCUCACGACGCGAUUUGCAACUUCCUUGAAGCACAAGGCUUUACUGUGACUCGCCACGCAUAUGGACUAGACACAUCUUUUGAAGCCAUCAGUGGGUCUGGGGGACGGUUGAUCAAUUUCAACGCUGAAUAUGACGCACUGCCCGGCAUAGGCCACGCCUGUGGCCAUAACCUUAUCACAACUAGUAGUGUCGCUGCUUUCUUGGCACUAUCUGCUCUUCUGAAGCAGUAUGGGAUCCCUGGUCGUACUCAGCUAUUGGGCACACCGGCCGAGGAGAAUGGCGGUGGGAAGGCUAAAUUGAUCGAUGCCGGGGCUUACAAGGGUGUUGACAUCUCCUUGAUGGCGCAUGCCGGUCCCGAGAAGCUCUUUCCCGGUGUUGAAGCCACUGGCGUGGGUGGCGUCUUGAUGAAUGCCCGCAAACAGAUUCACUGUGAAUUUACUGGAAAGAGUGCUCACGCGGGAGGCAAUCCAUGGGAAGGCGUCAAUGCGCUCGAUGCUCUGGUAACCUCUUACAAUAAUGUUGCUGUCCUACGGCAACAGCUUCAACCAGAGGAACGUGUCCAUUGUGCGUUCUUGGAUACCCCUAAGGUAGCCAACGUUAUCCCAUCGUAUACGAAGGCAUAUUGGCAGGUUCGCAGCCCGACACUGAAAGGCUUGAAUCGGUUGAUGAUCAAGGUGCGCAACUGUAUUGAGGCAGGUGCAUUGGCGACGGGAUGUGAAGUUAAAAUCUUAGAAGAUGAGCUGUACACUGACAUUAAGAUAAACGACACCUUGUGCGAACGUUAUCAGGCCCACAUGGGGAGCUACGAUCGAAAUGUCCUAAAGAGUCAUGACAAAGUCUUAACUGGGUCCUCCGAUAUUGGUAUUCUACAUUUCACCCUUUCUCGGUUAUGUCCAUCACUAACCACCACGACAGGCAAUGUCAGUUAUAUUAUGCCCACCCUCCAUACCAUGUUCGGUAUACCAGGACCGGACGGAUCAUUCCCUCACCAUCCGUCGUUUGAAGCAGCGGCUGGCACUGAUGAAGCUCAUAUUGAGGCAGUGGUUGUGGGAAAAUCGUUGGCCAUGAUCGGAUGGGAAAUGGUCACGGACAAAGCUCUAUUCGAGCAGGCCAAGGCACAAUGGCAGAAGUGUAUCCAGGAAUAA